AUGACUUUGAUGAUCCAUCAUACAAGACUUGACACACGUAUGUGCACCACAGCAGAAAGUGCUUAUGCAGCGAGUUACCGCGCCAUAUAUGCGGGACCGUGUGGCCAUGCAACUUGCUAUCCCGGUUGUCGGGUACGGAUGAUCGGGUAUCCCCCUUCUUCCGAUAAUCACAAUCUGACUCUCUGGAUGUGA